UUAUUUGCCAAAUUCAAGAACAUGUUCCCUUUUCUCUCCAAAAAAUUGGAGGUAUGGGAAAGUAUUCCAAAUGUGGAUGGUGCAAUCUCCACUCUAGCUUGGUGGACAACUAUUUCUUUAGAAGACAGCAUCUUGUUUAAAGGGCCACUUGGCGGCAGAGGUAUUCAGCUCAAAGUACCUGGCUGUGAAGGCCCAAAAGAAGAUUCUUGGGAAAAUGGCUUCUUCUAAAUACAUAGCAACAUCACUGAUUGAUGAUACAAGCGGUGAAGUGUUAGACGAACUAUAUCAAGUAACUAAGGAAUACACUGAGUGCAAGAAAGAUGCUGAGAAAAUUAUUAAGAACCUCAUCAAGAUAGUUAUAAAACUAGCUGUUCUGUACAGAAACAAUCAGUUUAAUCCGGAUGAGAUUGCAAUGAUGGAAAAAUUCAAGAGAAAAGUUCACCAGCUGGCCAUGACCGUGGUCAGCUUUCAUCAGGUGGAAUAUACAUUUGACAGAAAUGUACUUUCAGCAUUGUUGAAUGAAUGUCGUGACCUGCUUCAUCAAGUCAUCCAGCGCCACCUUACAGCAAAGUCUCAUGGACGUGUCAAUAAUGUGUUUGAUCACUUUUCAAAUUGUGAUUUUUUGGCUGCUUUAUAUAAUCCAUUUGGACCUUACAAACCCCAUCUUCAGAGACUCUGUAAUGGUGUGAACAAAAUGCUUGAUGAGGAUAACAUUUAAGCACUUGACUAAUAAAAUAUUCAGACACCUUAAUAUUACAUGCUGAAAAAUAACUAGGAGCCAUGAGGGUUUAAUGCAACAUGUAGAAAGGGGUAUUUUACUUUUGGAUCACCCAUAAACCAAAUGGAUUCCUUCUGAUCUGUUGCAAUUUACCAAUCCUCUACCAGGAGGUAUAUUCCUUUUGAAGUCAUAAUGUACAGAUCAGUUACUGAUACUUAAGGAAAAUGCAGAUGUCUGAUUUCUAAGGAAAUUAACCAAAAAGUGAAUCUUAUAGAGCUGCUGCAUCUGGAGUGGUAUUAUUUAUGACCUUUCAAUAGGCCACAUAAUGUAACGUGAUAGAAAACGGCACGUUUAUUUUUUCCCUGUGUAUGUAAAUUGUGUAUUAUUCUGAUACUUUGCGCAUUUGUAUGGUCUUGAUAUGUAAAUGAAUAAAAGGCAGCUUUCUUUUG